GUCUGCGUGUGUGUUUGUGUGUGUGUGGCGUGUGCGUUUAUGCGCGUGUGUACGUGCGCCUGACUUCUGUACAUAGUGUACAACGUCUGCAACAUAAUAUUUCAGUCUUCGGUGUACACAACUGUUUUUUACGCCCGGUCUUGCGUUUGAUAGUUUGAUACUUGAUAGUGUCAUAGCUAUUAAUUAUUAUUUAACGCGUCGUCAAUAGCGAGUCGUUACGUUUUCUCGGUCUGCCUGUGUAUACGCAUUAUUGGUUUUUUUUUCCCUCCGUUUUGUUGUUUGCCGGCAGACUGCUGAGUGGCACCGACGUACCGUACAGUGUCGAGACGACUCCGCCGCGUCCAGUAACGACGAAUCGAAUUGCCCGUGAACUACCGCACCGCCUAAUCGAAUUUUUCAUCCGUUUGCAUCCGGACCGGACACCGCUUAAUUGAACAUGGCUGACUUAGAUGACCAAUUGUUAGAAGGUGGUAUUGAUUUAUCGACCGAAGAACAUAAUGCACAAAUUAGUAUAGAAAAUAGCAUGUCUUUUGACCUAAUUGAAAAUGGUCAAUCGAAUAAUGUCGACUCUCAAGCAUCAGCAGAUUCUGACUUGGAAGUAAUUAGAGCUCGCGUACGUGAAAUGGAAGAGGAAGCUGAAAAGUUAAAAAAAUUGCAAUCACAAGUAGAUCAAGAAAUGUCAAACACUCCAGUACUGUCUUCUCCAAAUUGCUCGAAAACUAGUGCAACUUAUAAUUUAUCGGAGCAGGAAAAAGCUGAAGCUGAUGCUAGAUCUGUUUAUGUUGGUAAUGUAGACUAUGCAGCAACAGCCGAAGAAUUGGAAACCCAUUUUCACGGCUGUGGUUCAAUAAAUCGAGUUACCAUAUUGUGUAAUAAAUUUGAUGGUCAUCCAAAAGGGUUUGCAUAUAUUGAAUUUGCUGAUAUGGAUUCUGUUAAUACAGCCAUGGCAAUGGAUGAUUCUUUAUUUAGGGGUCGUCAAAUUAAAGUUAAUCCAAAAAGAACGAAUAAACCUGGGAUAAGCACUACAAAUCGUCCAGUAGCAUCUAGGGGUAGAGCUAUGUUCCGAGGUCGUCCAAUGUCUCGUGGUGGUGCACAGUCAUCAUUUUAUGGUGGUUAUAGACCAUCUCGUAGACCAAGAGGUGGUUAUUCCAGAAGAGCAAUGUAUUAUCCUUACUGACGUUCACAAUAAAUCCAUCGCUAUAGUUAUCGGUGGGAAUCAUAAAUAUUUAAUAAUUAAGAAGUUCUAAUAAAAGGCUUUUUAAA